AUGCCUCCCCCGAAUAGCUAUACCCAAGGGCGUCCCAACGGCGCUCCCCCGCCCCCUCCCAACGGGCCGCAGAGCUUCGGCCACGGCGCACCGCAAGGCUACGCGUUUCGAUACUCCAACUGCACCGGCCGGAGAAAAGCGCUGCUCAUCGGCAUCAACUACUUUGGCCAGCGCGGCCAGCUGCGAGGGUGCAUCAACGAUGUCAGAAACAUGACGGCCUACCUGGUGGAGCAUUUUGGCUAUAAGAGGGAAGACAUGGUCAUUCUCACCGACGACCAACAGAACCCCAUGAGCCAGCCCACGAAGCAGAACAUCCUCCGUGCCAUGCACUGGCUGGUCAAGGAUGCCAGGCCCAACGACUCGCUCUUCUUCCACUACUCGGGCCAUGGCGGACAAACCAAGGAUCUCGACGGCGACGAGCCUGAUGGCUAUGACGAAGUCAUCUAUCCAGUCGACUUUAGGCAACACGGGCACAUCACUGAUGAUGAGAUGCACCGGAUCAUGGUCAGCCCCCUGCAGGCCGGUGUAAGGCUGACAGCCAUCUUUGAUUCGUGCCAUUCCGGCACAGCACUCGACCUGCCGUACAUCUACUCCACGCAGGGUAUUCUCAAGGAGCCCAACCUGGCCAAGGAGGCUGGCCAGGGCUUGCUCGGCGUCAUCUCGUCGUACAGCCAGGGAGAUCUCGGCGGCGUCGCCAACAACAUCAUUGGCUUCUUCAAGAAGGCCACCACCGGCGAGGAUGCCCACAACAGGGCCCUCGCGACCAAGACUUCGCCUGCCGACGUUGUCAUGUGGUCAGGAAGCAAAGAUGACCAGACCUCUGCCGAUGCCACCAUUGCUUCGCAGGCUACUGGGGCCAUGUCCUGGGCGUUUGUGACGGCUCUGAGGAAAAAUCCCCAGCAGAGCUAUGUGCAGCUGCUCAACAGCAUCCGCGACGAGCUCGCCACAAAAUACACACAAAAGCCGCAGCUCUCGUGCAGCCACCCACUUAGUAAGUCUUCCUUGCAUAUAUGUCAGGUAGGGUAG